CUUCGUUGCACCUACCAUUGCAGGGUUUGCACCCGCUGACCCGCCAGUUUCACGUUUCUUGAUUAAUUUAAUAAUGAUAUUAUAUAAUAUGCCAUAAUACGAGGAUCAAAUUGAAGAGAGAGAAGAUAAAAUAUAAACAAGUAAGCUAGCUAAGAGAGAAAUUAAGAGGGAUUAGAGAAAAUAUGGAGGCGCCAUUGCUGAUCAACGGCGGCAACACUAAGAGGUUGGAGGCGGAGAACGGAGACUAUGCGGCGGUGAAAACCGUAAGAGAGGCGGUGUCGGUGUUUAAGGAGGAGUCGGGAAUGCUAUGGAAGAUAGCAGGUCCAUUAGUGUUUAACAUACUUUGUCAGUACGGCACUGGUUCUCUUACCAACAUUUUUGCAGGACAUAUUGGGGAGCUUCAGCUUUCUGCUAUUUCUAUUUCCUUGUCUGUUAUUAACUCCUUCGCCUUCGGAUUCCUGCUUGGUAUGGGGAGUGCGCUUGAAACACUAUGUGGACAAGCCUUUGGUGCAGGACAAGUUCAUAUGCUUGGAAUUUACCUGCAACGUUCCUGGAUCAUCCUAUUACUCAGCUGUCUUCUACUUAUGCCGAUUUUCAUCUUUGCUGCACCAUUGUUAAAGCUUCUUGGACAGGACCAUGAUGUAGCUGACCUUGCCGCACAGUUCACCAUCCUUACUAUACCUUCAGUAUUUGCAUUAGCCAUCAUAUUUCCUACUCAGAAGUUCUUACAAGCACAAAGUAAGGUUGAUGUAAUGGCUUGGAUCGGUUUCCUUGUUCUAAUCGAACACGCUGUGCUUCUAUGGCUUUUCAUAUCUGUCUUCGGAUGGGGUCUAGAAGGGGCUGCAGCAGCUAACAACAUCGCAAGAUGGGUAACUGCAAUUUCCCAAGUUGUGUAUGUAUUUGGUUGGUGUAAGGAUGCUUGGAAAGGCUUCUCAUGGGCUGCUUUCAAGGACAUGUGGGCUUUUGUUAAGCUUUCAGUUGCCUCUGCAGUCAUGCUUUGUCUUGAAAUCUGGUACAUGAUGAGCAUAAUGCUUCUUGCUGGUCAUCUUCCAAAUGCUGUCAUUACUAUAGGUUCCCUUUCUAUCUGCAUGAAUGUAAAUGGACUACAAGCUAUGAUAUUCAUCGGAAUAAAUGCUGCUGUAAGUGUCCGUGUAUCAAAUGAGCUCGGAUUCCAGCAUCCAAGGGCGACCAGAUAUAGUGUGUACGUUGCAGUCUUCCAGUCUCUCAUCAUCGGGCUUUUGUGCAUGGCGCUUAUCCUCGUUACUAGGGACUACUUCUCUGUUAUUUACACUGACAGCAAGGAAUUGCAACAAGCAGUUUCUAAACUAGCCUGGCUUCUUGGUGUGACAAUGGUUCUUAACAGUGUUCAGCCUGUCAUUUCAGGAGUUGCCAUUGGAGGAGGGUGGCAAGCAACUGUCGCUAAUAUAAACUUGGUGUGCUAUUAUGCUUUUGGGCUACCUCUUGGAUACAUUCUCGGCUAUGUUGCAGAUUUUGGAGUAAUGGGCUUAUGGGGCGGUAUGAUAGCUGGAACCCUCUUGCAGACAUUCAUUCUACUCUUCAUCCUUUACAGAACUAAUUGGAACAAAGAGGUGGAGGAAACAAGCAGCCGCAUGCAGAAGUGGGGUGGGCAGGACAUGAAUGCAGAUAACAUAUGAAAAACUAUAAUUUGAUGAUAAUGCUGAAUCACCAACCAAGUCUCCAUUGUUUGAGCAUAUUUUAACCUUUUAAAGUUCAAUGAAAUGUGUGCUUGCUUCUCUAAAAGCCCCAGCAAGAUUGUAAGUAGUUCUUUGUUUUGCUGUAAUUCUGUUAUUGAUGAUUUGCAACUGUUGUAUUCUUGUUAUGACUUGGAUUCCAAUUUUAGUCAAGUGUAAUGAUACAAAGUUAACACAUAUUGGCAAGGUA